AUGGAAAAACAGUAUUGGAAGCUACUUGACUUGCCAAAUCAGGAAGGCGCCGAGGAUUCGAAUGAAUACGUUGUGAGAAUUAUACACCUUCUUGAGGAGACGUCACCAUGUCCUCCUCCGUCCGGAGGAAUUGGAGCGUUGCUUAGUUCAACAAUGAUGGGGCGGACCAUGGAAACCCGAGAUCUACAUGAUAAGUACGACUCAUCUCGACUUUAUCCCAUUGUUCCCCGAUAUCCUAUUCUGAAGAAGAUGAUCAAGAGCGUGUUGAGAGCUCCUGAAUUUGCUGAUAUUUGCCAUGAGCAAACAGAAAGAUCUGUCGCUGUACUCAAUAAAAAAAUAAAACUUUGA